AUGGUGAGGAACUAUCGGAAGGAUAAUAAUGCUCGGAAAUAUACUGUAGUUUCCACUGCAGAUUCAAUGCAGUGCCUUGAAAAAGUCAAAUCUGGAGAAAUGUCCCACGCAGAAGCCGCUAGGCAACUCCAAUGCAGCCGACAAACAAUAUACAACAAGCUAUGCGAAUCGCACCAGAAACAGCCCGGACAUCAGAAAGUUUUUACUGAGGCGGAAGAAUUAUCGUUUUCAGACCAUCUCAGCUGCUUGUCCGAUUGGGGCUUCCCCGUUGGAACCGAUGAUCUGCGAGAAAUAGUUCGAAUUUAUUUGACGAAGCAGGAAAGAAAAGUGCCAACUUUUGUAAAUAACAAACCUUCACGGGACUGGGUGGCACGAUUCCUACGCGAUCACCUGCAACUAAGCAAACGUUUUGCACAAAAUAUAAAGUUAAAACGCGCAGCAAUAACACGAGAAACAAUCGCAGAGUACAUGGCCAACUUAAAGGAAUCUCUGGAAGGUGUUCCGGCUUCCAAUAUUUUUAAUUACGACGAGAAUUUGUCAGAUGAUCCGGGUAAGAAGCUUGCUAUCUGUAAGCAUGGCUUAAAGUAUUUUCAAAACGUGAGGAACUUCAGUAAAUCUGCUGCUUCCGUCAUGUUUUGCGAAAGUGCAACUGGAGAACUGUUGCCACCAUACGUGGUGUUCAAGGCAGAACAUUUAUGGGAUUCUUGGCCACUUAAUGGCCCUCGAGGAACACGCUACAAUCGAAGUGCUUCUGGCUGGUUCGACGAAAGAAUUUUCGAGGACUGGUUCAAGACACUUUUUCUUCCAGCUAUAAGGCAUUUGAAAGGACCAAUUGCGCUGAUCGGAGACAACCUCUCAUCUCAUUUGAAUCCAACAGUUAUUGAAAUUUGCCGUCAAAAAUAUAUUAAAUUUAUCUGCUUGCCAGUUAAUGCAACUCAUCUGACACAACCGACGUAG